AUGGGAGUGGAUUCCAUGUAUGAAAUUAUUUUAGCUAAAUAUAAAGCUACCAAGAAAUUAGGCAAGAAAGUGAAAAGGAUUAAAGAUAAAGUGUUGAUAUUUGAGUGUUUUGGCGAUUUUGCUGCUUGGCCAUUUUGA